CAACUGCUUCCUGACAACAUAUUUUUGUAACCAGGCGCAAGUUCUGGUUUUUGUAGUUUUUUUGGUGCCCCAUUUCAAUACAGGAACAAAGGUUUGGUAAAUAAAACACUACAAUCUCCAUCACCUUUUCAUAUAGGGAAGUAGAUACAACAAGGUGAUUGGUUUAGCUUGCGGCGCUGCAGUUAAAGGGCAGUUUUGAGAUAGCUGCCGUAGUAACAGUCGUUAUAAGUUAAACUUCAAAAACUAAAAAUAUAUAUAUAUAUAUGUGAUUAAUGAAUUCUUCCUGGGAUUCACAGACUGAGGUUGGUGAGGAUUUGGAAGAAUAUAAGAAGAGUCUGAGAGACAGAGCCUGCAGAAGCAUGACACAGCUGAGGAGUGUGUUAGAAGAGCAGCCCUCUGCUGAAGCUGCUCUUUCUCCAAAGAAGGGGGCUGGAAUGGCUCACAGCAGUCCUCAGGUUGCAGAGGGGUGGGGAGAGGGGGACUUGGAAAUGACCUGGCAAGAACUACAGCACAGCCAUGCAGUCAAUCAGCUAAGAUCAUUGCUCCGUCAACAAGAAAGGGAAUCUGCACCUAGUACGCCUACAAGCAGAAGAAAAACAUCACGCAAGAGGCCUUCAGAAAAAGGAGAUGCUGAUUUGCCGGCUGUUCAAGAUCUCGUCCCUAUUAUUAACAGCCAGUCUGAAUACAUUCAGCAUCUAGAGGAGGAGGUCAAGUUUUGCAAGGAAGAGCUCUUUGGGAUGAAACAACGCAUUAGCGUAGUGAUUCUUGAAAAUGACAAACUGCAUGAAGAAUUGAAGUUGAAGACUGUUGAGGACACUUUGAAAGACUAUACUAUCCUGGAUACCUCGACAAAUGCCCUGGAAUCCUGUCCCCAGACUGUCCCCAGAGCUCCGGAUCCCAGACAGCAUUCUCACAGGCAGCAGCAGCAGGUUCAGCCCCCAUCGGCUCCUGCACAGCCUCUAGCAUCCAACAAUCCGACAGAUGCUCUGAAAUGGCAAAUGGAACUGGAAAAGUUAAAACUACUCUAUCAAGCAAAAACGGAAACAUUAGAAGCGCAGGUGAUGUCAUUGAGAAAAGAUUUGGCAGUUUCACAGAAGGACUGUGAAGAAAUGAAAGGAAGACUAAGGCAUCAGGAGUCAGUUGCAGCCAUGUCCAGUGGAAACCGUGUUGGUGGCUUGUGUUUGAAGUGUGCCCAACAUGAAGCUGUUUUGGCACAGACCCAUACAGAUGUACAUAUGCAAGCGAUAGAAAGAUUAACAAGAGAAAGAGAUGAACUGAUGGCCGUAUUAUCCUCCCAGAGGAACAAUCGGGGUGAAAUGGAGCAAAGAGAAGCCAACGCAUAUCGUCAGGUCAAACAAGCUGUGGAGAUGGCAGAAGAAGCCAACCUGGAAAAAACACAGGCUUUGAUCCAAUGUGAGCAGUUAAAAAAAGAGAUGCUGAGGCAAAAAGAUCGACUUGAAAUGGAAUUGGCUGCUGAACAAGAGAAGAUUACCAAAGCAAAGGAGAAGGCACGAGAGGAAAUGAAGAAGGAAAAAGAAGAGUUAGCAGCAUCUGUGAUGUCACUAUCCGUAAAGGUGGCUAGUCUCGAAGGACAGCUCGAGAGGUUAACCAGAGAAAAGAAUUCAGUAGCCAAUCAGCUGGAGGAAGCUCAAAGGCAGCUCUCUUCUCAGGAGUUGGAUAUCAGUAAGGUGUGCGGAGAGCUGCGGUAUCAGUUAAACCAAUCUCAGUUGAAGAGGGAUGAGGCAGAGAAAGAGCUCCGGGAAUUCAGAACUAAAACCGUAAGGGAGCUUGAACUCCGAGAACAGGAAAUAGAGAAGCUGCGCCUGGAGCUGAACGAAACCAAGCAGCGUCUGGAACGUGCUCAGCAGGACUCGGCCUGCGCCAAGGAUGAGUCCCUGAGACUGACAGAGCUGCUGGGCAGAUCUGAGCACCAACUGCACCUCACCAGGCUGGAGAAAGAGGCUGCUGUCCGCUGCCGCAGUGACGACGUGAAGGCCUUGACCUUCCAGGCCCAACACCGUGAGCAAGAGCUGAUACAGAAGAUGCAGCAAAUGGAGGCUCUGCAUGAGAAGAGCGUUAAUGAACUGGAGGCCUUGUUAAAUUCACAAAAUACUUUGAUAGGCAAACUGAAGGAUGAGUGCCGAAUCCUGGGUACAAAGCUGGAACGUGUCACAGAGAAGAACAGGUCAGAAAUUGGCCAGCUUUCCCAGGAGAACAUGUACCUCCGGGAUACUCUGGAGAAACUGCAGUCUCGCAGUGACGAGAUGGAAGCGCAGUGUAUUCAGCAUGGGCGGAUGCACGAGAGAAUGAAACAAAGACUAGGACAGCUAGAUCAGCAUUGCCAGUUGAGCGCUCAGCAUGUGAUGGAAUUGCUGAACAAGCAGAAUCAGCUGCUGAAGGAGAGGCAUGCUCUGACUGAGGAGAUGCAGCACCUGAGGGUACAGUUGCCUAGUUUAUCAAGAAUUGAAAGCUGACCAUCAUGAACAUGAGAGCUGUCUCAAGAGGUGUCUUUGGUCAUCAUAGCACCAAAUAAUGGAUAAUGAUAGUGUUUUUUUUAUUUGUUAUGUAACAAUUUGCACCUGUGUCUUUUUUUAUUCAAAUUCAUUAACUACUGUUUAUAUGAACAUCUCAGAGGCUGUCAUGUGUAUUGAAAUAUGAAACUAAAACCUGUUUUCUCAAAACUUAAAACACUCCCAUUAUAUUAUUUUCCAUGCAGUUUCUACUUAUUGUGUUUUAUUAAUAUUUGAGCUUGCAUGCAUGUGAUAAUCUACACAGAUUGAAAUGGAUAGCUUCCUAUUUGCAAGAAAAAAGCACAACACAUUUACCUCCUUUCGUAAUUUGGAUGAAGAAAGAUGGGAAUUACUUUUGCAGAUUUGCUAUAUCAGAAUGCUUAUAGAAAAAUGUAUACUAUGACUCUGCUUUCAACCAAUUGCCUGAAAUUGAAAUGGUCUGUAAGUUUGUUUUUUGCUUUCAGUUCAAGUUAUAUGUACAGUCUUCCACAUAUACUCCAACACUGUCAUUGUUUUGAUAUCUUAAUUAUUAAAUUAUGCAAAUGUGUUUCUAAGUAAACAUGUGCAAAAUGACAGUCAACAAAAACCCCACCUGUUAGGAAAGCUUAUAAUAUAAAAUACCUUUUUUAAUUGUUUAAUAAACCAGUGGGGGGGGGGGGGGGCACUGUAUUUAUUAAGCCUUUUAAUUGUCUUUUGCUACCUGUGUAUUUGGUUUUGUAUUUAGCCAUACAUCAAUACCUAUUUACAAAUAAAUAAAUAAAUCUUUCAAAAA